AUGCCGUACUGUGUGAUUCCGACAAAUGCAACCAGUGGGAAGGGAAACAACGGAGCGAGUGCGAAAAGGGCAGGAAACAGCGAUGAUGCACAAGUGAAAUUGUUCUAUGAGACUUAUGGCAGCGGCGACAAGAAAGUGCUCAUGAUCAUGGGAUUUGCUGCCUCGCACAUUGCAUGGGCGCCGCAGAUCAAGCCGCUUUCCGGCACCGACAUUCCCAACAGCAAACGGAUGUCGAAGCAGCCUAAAACGGAUUCCGCUGCAGCACCAGCCACCGGCUCGGACGACAAUACCGCCGCUCCUCCUGCCAUGCGCAUGGACGACCGGUCUGGAUGCAUGGAUAAUGGCGACUGUACGGUUACGGUGACAAUAGAGGGGGCGGAGGAGCGGAGUGAUAUGCAAGCUGUCGCGGACGGUGGGCUUGAGCAAGCGGCUUUGCGGCUGGAGGAAGAAGGGAAGGAACAGAGGGAAGCGGAAGGAAGCGCGGAGGAGGAAGGGGAGGAUUUGAUUCUCACGGGCAGGGAGGUCUGCGUUUUCGACAACCGAGGGAUUGGCAACAGCACGUGUCCCACGGACAAGAAUGCUUACACAACUGCGAUAAUGGCGAUGGAUGCACUUCAUCUGGCGGAUCACCUCGGCUGGACGCAUUUCCACCUUGUUGGGCAUUCCAUGGGCGGCAUGAUUGCCAGCAAAGUCGCUGCCACCGCUCCCCACCGAGUGAAAUCCCUGGCGCUUAUCAGCGUCAGCGGCGGCGGCUUUGACCUCCUACCCAGGCUCGACAGCCGAAUCUUCUCCGUGGGCGUGAGGAUGAUGAAGGCGCGUACCCCCGAGAUGAGGGCGCACGUGGACCUGGACACGCACUUCUCGAGGGAGUUCAUGGACGAGGGGGCUGGCAGCUCGUCGAGAAGGGACCUCCUGCACGUGGAGUACGUGCAGGUUCUGUCGGAGCCAGGGGCAAUGCAGCCGGCACAUGCAGCGAGCGGGCAUUUCAACGCGUGCUGGACGCACAAGCUGACCCGCGACAACAUUGACCGCAUCUGCAGCGCUCGCAUCCCCACCGCCGUGAUCCAUGGAGUUGACGACAUCAUAGCACACGUCUCCCUGGGCGAGCGAGUGGCCAAGCGCCUGGCGUCCGUAGCCCGGUUCAUCCCGCUGCUAGGGGCGCACAUGUUGGUGCGGGAGCGGAUCGACGAAGUGAACUCGUGUUUGGAAGAGCUGUUUGCGGCUGCGGAGGCAUGUGUGCCUGUGGAGCAAUGGGUGCAGCAUCGCAGCGAUGUAUACCUGCCAGAGUCUGCACGAGAGCGGCAUGGGAAGGCCAAGGAGAGGAAGAUUGUGACACAAUUUAGCCAUG